AUGGAACAGCUCCAUGGAUAUGCUGGAACGCUAUCUCGAGCAACAAGCGCUUCUCUUUUGAGCACCGAGGUGCACAAAAAUGCCCGUCAACUCAAUACUCUGGAUAACAACGACAUCACUGAUGCAGAAGAAAUAGUAAAUCUACUUAAACCUCUAAAAAUAGCCACCACUGUCCUCUCUAAUGAAAAGAGCGCCACCCUGUCACUUAUUGUGCCCUUAAAAACCAUGAUUGGGCAGAGCAUGACACAGGAGGAAAAAGACUCUACAAUUAUAGCUAACAUGAAAGCAGCCAUUCUGCAGAACCUAUCAGGCAGAUACACAGAAGUACAGGAUGAUCUGCUAGAAAUUCAUAAAUCCUGCAUUGUCUUGAAUGACAACAGUAAGAAGCCGGUUUAUCUGCCCUGGUUGCAUACUUCUAUUAAUUCCUUUAGUUUACAGAACUGCACUGAAGUCAAUCAGACAGAACCCAUCAGGGACCAUCAGAUCCAUCAGGGACAGUCAACCACCAUCAACUGUCAUUACAACAAAAACAGAAGCGAAUAUCUUACAGUAAUUUUGAGAACAACGUAUAGAGUCUGUGAAUACCGCUAUUUUAAUAAAUCCUGGACUAAAAGUUUCUGUUAUGGCAACAUUAGAUUAAUAUGGAUUCCGGAAACAGAAGAAAUAUCAUUUCAGCUCAUAAAUCUUCAGAUGAAUAAUUCUGGCAUGUACACAUGUACUUCAGUUAAACACAUACCACCUCCUACAAGGUGUUUGAGACAGAAGAGGAUAUUCAUUCAUGUCAAAGCGCCUCCUUUUGUAUCUGUGUCAUGUGUGAAACGGCAUGAUGGAGUUCCCACAAUGCUUUGUGUUGCCGAGGGCUUUUACCCUGCUGAUCUACAGCAGGCCUGGCUGAGAGAUAGAGAAUAUAUCAGCUCCCCAAACAUUUUACUUACACCUAUAUAUAAGGAAAACCUCAACUUUGAUGUCAGAAGGACCUACAGCAAAAACUCAAAUGGGAUUUAUAGUGUCACAUCGUACCUCCCUCUGUCUUCAAACAUAACUGUGUACUACUGCUGGGUUAAUCACUCAAGCCUGAGCCAACCCAUCGUGGUUAACAUCUCCUUGACUGAGUGUACUGAGAGAACAGAGCCAUUAAGUGGUUUAUCUGUGCGUUAUAUGGUUGUCGGGAUCCUCUUUGGGUUAUUGAUAGUCACAGCGUUGUUCAUUGAAGUCUUUUAUCAACUACUCACUGCACGCCAUCUCUGGUCUACUGCUGAUGCCACUGUUACAACUGAACCUGUCUCACACCCUCAGGUCCAUCAACAACAUGAAUUGAAGCAAAUGCAUCUGCUACAAGAAUAUUUUUUUUUUAUUAAAAGUGUCAUAAGGAUCGUGUAACAGCUCAUGUUUUUGCACUUUCUGGCCGGCAAUAAACAUUGUUACUGAGGCACAUCACAGGACCAUAUUAUAAAUAUUCUUCUGUUUAAGACACAUGUCAAAUCACUGACAAAGUUUGACCUUUGAAGUACACAUGAAUUUAUUUAAAAUAAAUAUAUUUUCUAAAUCGACAUGGAAGAUAUUUUGAGGAAUUGUGUUUUGUUUGUUUUUGAUAUGUGUUUUGUCAGUUUUAAAUAACUUGUACAUAAAAAACAGCAAGCACUGCUACUUAGCUAUCUCUCUCUCUUUAAGGCAAAUGUAGUAAAACAUAUAAGAACAUCACUUUGAGUCAUAUAACUUAGUUGUGUUUAUAGGCAAGGCUCCUACAGCUUUUCACAACUUGCCAACAAAGAUGGCGCUGGCAUAAGUAGUGCCCAUAUGUAGUGAGGUUCAUAUGAGAACAAUGUAUACACACUGAAUUAGUGUGGAAGUGCCCAGGUUUCCAAAAUGUUUUAAUAAACAAACAAACAAAACACAUCAAGAUGAGAUACACAGAAAAAAUACUGUAUUUUAUCUGAAAAAAAAAAAACAGAUAGAUGAUCUUUUGAGUUUUGAGUCAGCUAACAUUAGCAAACUUUACAUUUAUGCAACUAAUUAUUAAAUAAUGAGCAACUUCUAAAUGCUUGUCCUUUCAUUAGCUAGUCUUAAACAAAGGUUUUAUAAUAAUCUGUGCAUGUGUAUGAUGUACAGCCACCUUUGUAGACUGUUACUGGGCAUUUUACCACUCAUACAGUUUAUGUAUGUCACUGUAUGUCACUGUAUGUCUCUGAAGCAGAGGAUAGUUUUGGUCUUUUUUUUCCUGGGAUGGUCUUCAUGAGGGUCAGUUUUAUCACGGGGGCUUAAUAAGUUUUGCAAACGCAAUUAAUAAUACUGUACUUACAAGAACUAUUCCAGAACAGCUGACCCUAAUGUCUUAAAAUAACAAUUCACUGUUGUUGUUACACAUGAUACAUGUAUGUAAUGAUACAUAAUUACAUAUGUGUUAUUUCAUAGUUUUGAAAUCUCCAGUAUGGUUCUUAAAUGUAGAAAAGAUCGCCCCGCCCAAACAAACGAACAUUGAAUUAGAAGCAGUGUGCAAACUUUUAACUUUUAUUUUAAUAUUUAAAAAUAUUUUCUUGAUUGUGCAUAUCUGUGCUUAAAAAUGGUCUCCGUCUAUUUACAGAAAACUUAAGAUACUGCCAAAUGUGUUUUUUUUUUGAGAUUUUAUUUAUUUGAUUUGUAUAUAAACUAUAAAAAUUUAAUAAUGCAAAAUUAUAUUUUUUAAUGAUGGUUUAAAGUGAACAUUUUUGAAAUGCACAAUCUAAUAGUAAUAUGAUACUACAUAAUAUAUUUCUUUGGUGUAAAAACAUAAUAAAAAUCAUCUGAUCAUAACGCAUCUAAAGAUUACAAAUAUACAACCUCAGAGGAACAACAACAUACAACUUUUUUCCACAGUGCCAUUAUUUAUUUAACAAAAAUGGAGACGAAAACCAAAAAAACAUUUAGGCAAUAUUAUGUCAUUUAAAAACUUGUAGAUCCACUUUUAGCAACAAUAACUUGAAGAAGUCAUUUCAUGUAUGACUUUAUAAGUCUCUCACAGCGUGUUGGUCCAUUAUUCUGUACAACAUUGUUUAAGUCCUUUGGGCAUUUACAUAUGCACAGCUCUGUUAAGGUCCUUCCACAUCAUUUCAAUUAUUUAGGUGCAGUUUUCGAAAACUCAAAAGUGCUUUAUGUUCUCUUUAGACAGAAGUGGCUUUUUACUGGUAACUCUUCCUAACAAACUGUACUUGUUCAGUCCUCUUCUAAUUGUGAUAUCAUGAACUUUAACAUUUCUCAGUUCUGUACGCUAGAAGAUAUAACUUUUUUUCUUUCUUUUUUUUUGUAUUUCUCUGAGCGAUGUUGAGUCUGACCGUGGGGUGAAUGUGCUGGCACAUCCACUCAUGUCAAGAUUAAUAAUUAUUCUCUCCGAAUGUUGAACUCCAAACUGUGUAUAAAUAGUUUUAUAACCCUUUACAGAAUGAUGUUCAGCAACAACUGCUUGCUUAAUUGAUUAGCAGCAUAUAGCUGCAACUUACCCUCUUAAAUCCUGUGGAAGGAGUACACUUUUACACAUGGCCAUAGUUAUUGUGUAACUUGCAGCAGUUAGAGGUGUGAGGUCAUCUGGACAGGACUUGAAGUGAUGUGGUGUG